AUGAGCAACAAAGCUAUCAGAGAAGUUACAUGUCCAAUUUCGAAGGUUAAGCAUAUCAUUGUCAGGAAAGAUGACACUGAAGCCAUAAGAGCACUUCGUAUUUGGGCCACAAAAUUAUUUGUCCGAAUGCGACGUGGAGAAUCCAUUCUUUUAUCAAUGGAUUGUGAAGGCUGGAAGCUUGGAACUAUUCAUAAGUCUCUCGGUCUUCUACAAAUAUGCGAAAUUUUAGAUCAAAGUAUUCUGAUUAAACCAAGAGAUGAAUCACAAAAAUCAUUAAGACUUAAGUCAGGAUUCUUAGUUCACUUUCCUACUACCAACGAAGUAAUCGAUAUUCUAUCAGGUGUCUUACAUCAUCCAAAUGUAAUUUUAUGUACUUAUGAUUUCACAUCUGAUAUCUCAUCCUUGAUGGAAGCAGGUGUAAAGAUCAAUACGAAAAGAAUUUUUGAUGCCCAAUUGGUCAGUGCUUCGAAUACAAGUACAGAACCAAUAUGGGUUCUUACAGACACUCAGGCUCGCUCUAUUAUAGCGCGUGCAAGAGGUAUGAUAGGAACUGUGAAAGAAGCGCAGGAUGCCGUUAACUUUAUGUCAUCCAAAAAAGGAAAUAUGUUCGAAUUUCUUACAUUUCUACAUAGAAAGGACCAAGACCCAUUUGCAUCUAUGGUUGAUGAUGACUUUUAUAAAUACGCUGCUGGUGACUUAGUUAUGACAGCUCUUGCUGCAUUAUAUAGUUUCUAUUUUGGAUUUAGCUCGAAAACAUGGGAAUUAUCUGCUAUAAAGGUUAAAGAGUUCUUAUCACUACAAAAGAUGCAUCAACAGGUGCUCAUGCCAUCAGCUGUACGUCAAGAAGCCUUCUUAACGAGAUAUAACCUCAAAGAUCUUAAAGAAUACCAAACUUCUGGUUACAAAAUACCUUUAACAGAUGACUCUGUUAUCCGUAUGGCUCUAACAUUGUAUGUUAAAGCUGAUAUGAUUGUUAAUCUUCUUAAAAUCCUUCCAGAAAAAUAUUCUAAGUCAUUUAGUGAAAUUAAUGCUCAGAUAAUUAGAAAUGACUUGGAAGGGAAGCUGGAAGAAGUAAAAGCUAGAAUUCAGACGCUUAGUCCAUUCGAUGACGAUACAAACAUAGAAGAAGCUCAAAAUUAG